AUGAGCAAAGACCGCGGCAAGAAGCGCGCCCGCGGUGAAACACCUCCUGUUGGGCCUGAAACGGCCUCAGCACCACCGCCAGUUGAUCGUGAACAGCUGAUUAGAAAUGCACCUUUUCAUCCAGCAAAUGAUUCACCUCGCACCAAAAAAGCCAAAGACUCGGUCAACAAGCUCAAGCAGCUUAAUAUAUGGGUUUCGAUUCAACUAAACCAUAGCAAGCUUUGCAUCCCGGAAGAUCCCCUCUUCGACUUCUUCGUCAACCGCAUGGUGCAAGACAUUCGUGAUUCGCAGACCGAGUUAAGAGGCAUCAUACCUGAAUUCAAGAGUAUGACAGCCAAAUCGCGCCUGAAAACGGUGAUUCGCAACGUCUACUCGAAUCUCGCCGCAAAAAUCGCCUCCUACAGUGAUAUGGACGAGGCACUGUCGCUUGUGCUUGUUCACGUUGCACAUUCUCUGCCCACCCCUAUGCUGAGCACACAAGAUAUCGAAGCCAACGUUCGUUUCUCAGCCCAAUUUGGCCGUGACUAUUACGGUAAUGCGCCAGAGCGCUUCCCCCAGUUCGUCACUGAACACGAUCAGAUGUUCAACGAGCUUGAUCCAGACAAAGGUGAAAUUUAUCUUCGAGGCACUGCAAUCGUCCAGUCAAGCGGCACCGGCAAGUCGCGCAUGGUCUAUGAAUGUCGACAUCGAACUCCUCUUCUCUAUGUCUGCAUCCGACCAAUUAGCGCCGAUGGAUCGGCCAUGCAAGGUUAUCCCCUUCCUGAUCGUGGUGUACGUGCCUUUUUCGAAGAGGCUCAGAUGACCCACAAGAAUCUGUAUGACCUUCAGAUAGCCUGCUUUCUCGGCGCUUGGUUCUCAGUGCUUGCUCAACGCCUCGCCGAGCGGCCCACUCAGCAGCAAAAACACGAGUGUCUAAUGCAGCUCAACCAUCUGGAUAAAAACGCUGGUGAGAAUCCUCAACGCACUGACUUUUUCCAAACCAUUUCCGAGCUUGCUUUUGAAACACUCAAGGUCGCUGACAGGCGCUCGAACGAUCAGAAAGACUAUGAUCCUCUCUUUGACUGCUACAUUCGACCGCCGCUCCAUCGCCUCGAAAGCGAGAUGUCAGGCAUUAUUGCUCACAUGCAAUCGCUCAACCCCCACAACAUAGCCUCUCCUACGCCUCCCGUCCUUGUAGCCUUCGACGAGUGCGUGGAGCUCAACGUCGAUGGAGUGGAUAAGGUCAAUAAUCCACUCAACAGUCUCCGCCGCGCAUGGAACUACAUCAGUCGACUUCAAUCCUCCGCUCGAACGCCAACAUUCUGGCUUGUUCUGAUCAGCACCAGUAGCGACGCAGCUUGUCUCCUCCAGGACACUCGCUCAAAAACGUCGAUGAGUGUCCGGCUUUCGGGGCCACCACCUACCUUUUUCGGCGUCGGAUUAGACGCGCUGCUCGCAGAACAGCCCGCACUCUCUCGCGCCUCCGAGGCUUCUGCGGACUCUCACAUCAUCCACUACGGACGACCGCUUUGGAAGACGUUCAGUCCUAAAAAGCUCUGGAGGAUGGCCAAAUUCAAGCUGACGUGUAGCGAAGACUUUUCCAUCUACAAGGCUGCCCACUGCUUCAGCGUCUUGGCGUCUCGUCUCGCGCUAACCCUUUCGCCGACUGAAUCGCCACACUCGGCACUCUUCGCACGACAGAAGCAAUUCGUCGACAGCACAGUAGAUUGCCACAUGCGCAUUGUCACACGUGUUACCAGCGAGGGUGUCAUGCACGUUGAAUCUCCAUCAGAGCCUGUGCUAGCCAUCGCUGCUUCCAAUAUCAUGCUGGCUCCCUACCUCCAGUCAGCUGAGAAAGCGAGAGGCUACACGUACGCAGACAUCCUCAAGAAAUUUCAGCAAGAAUGCUUGCUCGACCCCGCGGUUCCCUUAAUGAUGAGCAGUUUCGGAGAACUUGCCUCUCGGAUCAUCUUGAUGGCUGCUUGCGACGCCGUGCAGCGCAAAAGAAUCGAACAACCCAAGCCAAAGGAAUCGUCGGACACCCAACACGUGGGCGCCAGCAUCUAUGCCAAGCCCGUGCCUCUCGAAAGCGUUCUUGAGAACCUUGCCGACCUCGACGAAGCCAAUCGCACUGCGCUGCGCCAACGCCUUGAAGACGUCUACGAUGCCGGCUCGCGCACCGAACGGCAUGCGAUUCCGUUCAGAGAUCAGUAG